GGUUAAGUGAAAGUAAGGUUGUAAACAAAUCCACGCAUUUCUAACAACGCAUUUAAUAAUGUCAAACUUGCGUUGCUUUGUUAAUUGCUUUGUCCGCGGGCACCGAUAUUUUUACACUGGCCGAGAAUUAAUGAAGAAUCCGUUGGACAGACGGAUUCUCCCUUCUUUGCAGAACGAUCUCACCGUUAGGUACUAUGCCAAAGGGAAGGAUAAAAAAAAGGAAGACAAAGGCAAAGGGCAUAAAAAGAAAAUUGAAAUCAAUGAAUUGGCAUUGGCCGAGAACAUCAAUUAUGAUAAGAUGAAGACAGAGAUGGAAUUGAGCAUUGAAAGAAUGAAAGAUAGUUUUGCAAAACAUGUAUCGUUAAGGACAACAACAGGCGCAAUUGAAACUCUGACCAUCACGUACGAGGGAAAAAAGUAUCCUUUAAUGGAAGUUGCUCAAAUAAUGAGAAACAAUCCAAAAACAAUUGUGCUCAACUUGUCCUCCUUUCCGCAGGUAAUACCUGCUGUGUUGAAAUCAUUGUCACAGUCAGGAAUGAACUUGAAUCCGCAGCAGGAUGGAACAACGAUUUUCUUACCUGUCCCAAGAGUAACAAAAGAACAUAGAGAAACUUUAGUCAAAAAUGCCAAGGCCCUAUUCAUUAAAUGCAGGGAUAGUAUCAAAGAUACUAAUCUAAAAAACAUUAAACUAUUAAAAAGCAAAGAGAAAGAAGGCUUAUCCGAAGAUUUGUCUAAUCAACUUAUAGAACAGGUAAAACACAUAGCUGAUGAUUAUAUUCAUCAAGCAGAACAACUUUUUGAAAAGAAGCAAAAUGAAUUGCUGGGGAAUUAAUCUUGCACACAACUAAAUGAUUGAUUAUUUAGCAGAUUGUAGCUGGUUAUAAAAUAUUUUGAAUACUGCAAUAAAUCUAUUAGAAUUUGACUGAACUUAACACAUGUUAUGUAUAAUGUUGAUGAUCAAAAUAUAACUAAAUAAUUUGAAAAUGUUA